AUGUCUCGCUGGAAGAAGUUUAACGACGACGAUGUGCCGGACGACUUCGUGCUGCCUCCGGGGGACGUGGUUCGCGGUCGACUGCUCUUUAAGAAGCACUGCGCUCAAUGCCACGUAAUAGAGAAGGAUCAGGCAGUGAAGACAGGCUGUACGUUGCUGGGGCCUAAUCUGUACGGGGUGUACGGCCGCACUGCGGGUUCGGGUCCUCGCACUUCUCUUAUUGAUUCAUCUCAGGCUAUCAAAGACUCAGGAAUUGUCUGGACUGACAUAACGCUGAUGCGGUACCUCAAAAACCCUCGGCAGUUUACUCAACACCCCCUCAGCAUGAACUUCAGGGGCCUAGACAACUGGCAGGACCGGGUGGACUUGAUAUGGUAUAUGAAGGCUGCAUGCGAAGACGCAACAGAGGGCCUCAAAGAAGGUCUCUCUUCUAUGCGCAGCAGACCGCAGCAGCAGCAGAAGCCGCAGCAGCAGCAGCAGCAGCCGCAGCAGCAGCAGCAGCAGCAGCAGUUGCAUCCCGCAGGGGGCACAGGGGCCUCCACGGGGGGCCCCCCAGAGCGUACAGCUGAAGCAUAA